UGGGGAAUAAUUUAAAUAGCCAAUAUAUCAACGUGCUUGAUGGUGUGCUCGAUGGAGAGCAGCCUUAUAGUGAGGUGGAUGAGUCCAGUAUGCACUCUGACCUCCACCCGAUGGUAGGAACUGGUGAAGGCAGGGGUGAAGAUGGGGGUGGAGCAGCAGCUUGUAAUUUUUGAUGCAAUGUUGGAUACUUGUUAGCGAGUGAUUUAAAACAGAAAAUUGAAAAAGUCAAAAAAGAAAUUAGUCAUAUCCAGCUGAAUAACGACCUCACCAGCUUAAAAUAAUUUCAGUAUUUACGUAGAAAAGUUGCGAGUAGGAGUAGACAAUAUUCUGGACAUUUACUCCUUAGACUUAGUCAAUUCAUUCAAAUCCAAAAGCUUCACAUCAAUGAGUAAAAUAUAAAUGAAUCAUUCCAAAGGGUAUGAUAAUAUCUCAUUGCUGUAGAUGCCUAUCUCUUCUAAGACUGAGAGCGAAUUGAAGCACUUUGAAAGUAUGGAAAUUAUCCCUGUCCAAACAGAGAGGAUAAUUCACAACUUAAUUCAACUUCUCAAGAUUGUCUCUCACCCAAACGAUAGUCAAGGCGGCAGCUCCAUUGAGCUAGAAUACAAAAUUGUGCAAAUAGGCUCUCAGCACAAGACAACUCGGAUUUAUUUCUCUGUAAUGGAUAAAGACAGAAGGAUUAGCUCGUAUGAUAUUGAGGCUAAUCAGGAAAAAUUUCAUAAGCCUUUUAAUAAUUAUCAAAAUUACCAGUUUUUAUACUUGUUCAUGGUCCGCAAGAUGCUGCAAAAGAUACAGGCUUCAGAGCUUGAGUACUCUGAAAGCAAAUAUUGAGGCCAUGAGUUUAGAUUUCACCUCACUUGAAAAUAUUCGAAGAUCAAUGAUUGCAAAUUUAGUUCGAGAAAUGGCAGCAAUACUGUUAGCUUUGUCGUAGAUAAUGAGAAAACAGCUCCUGUAAGAUAUAAGAAGAGCGAUAUUGAUAAGUUUAACCCUAUCAGUAAAGCCAGUAAUCUCCAGAGCUGAUUAUCUUUGAAAGCUUUCACUAAGAAAUAUCAAAGCAGGAAUUUCAAAUUGAACAAUGCAGAUACUAAAAGCUUAACUGUCAAGAAUAUUGAAAAGGCCCAGAAUUCUUAUACUCCAAAUUAAGACUUCAAUAACUCCUCGAGAAAUGAGAAUGAGCCAGGCAUCCACUUUAGACCGCUAUAGAGAAGUCAACGACUUGUGAGGAAAAACAACCAAAAGUAGUUUCUUAACGUCAUCAAAGAAGAGACUAAAAACUCACAAGAGGUUUUAUAGUAGUGUUAUUGAUAGAAAAAUAGUUCCUGAAAAACCAGGGAAAGGGAUCAUAUCUAGUCCAUCGGAUUUGAUAAACCUAGACCCCAAUUCAAGGAUCUGAGGUUGCCCUAGACUUCUUGCAGUGACUGAAGAUUUUCUAGACAGGAACUAUAUAGAAGGGAUAACCGGCUUAUACAAUAUUGAGACUGAGUUUAAAUACAUUAUAGAGGACGCAAUAAACACUCUAGUUGAGUUUCCGCGAUCUCACUAUUGUUGCACUGGGUACCAAUAUUUGUUUGUGUUCUACAAUCAUCAUGAUCCAAAAUACCUGUAUUGGAUAAAACAGUUGAAGAAAGAAGGCAAGAUCGAUGACUCUUUGAAAGUUGUGGUAUUUGUUACAGAAAAAGGAGCAAAUCCUUUAUCUGAGGAUGAAUUUGACAUCAAAAUUCUUGUAAAACCCGUCUUUUCAAAAGAUAUAAAGGAGAUUUUGUCCAUAUAAAAUUCAAUAUUUUAA